ACAGGGUCUAAGAAAAAUUGACUCAAAGGGGCGCGAGACCGAGGGAGGGAGGAAGGGAGGGGCGAAGUAGAGGGGGCUGCGAGCGCGGGAAGGGGCUGGGGCGCAAGCUGGAGGCGCUGGCCAGCGGGGAAGGUCCUAGCCCUCUCCCCGGGGGUGGUGGGGCCUUGUCCAUAAAAGGCGAGUCCAAGGGCCCUGCUCUCCCCAGCAGCGGGCAGGGGCCGCCACAUCUCAAGUGCCGGGCGCAGCGACAUGGACCCGCCCGCCGCUUACACAGGCUUCCCCGCCCUGCCCUCGGCCGCGCCGUCGGGGCCGCCGCCGUCGCCGCUCGCCGCGGCCGAGCCGGGCCGGGGGCCGGAGGAGGCGGCGGCGGCGGCGGCGGGCGGCGGGGAGGCGGACCCCAGCCCCGCGCCGGGCCCGGGGCGGCGGCGGCGGCGGCCCCUGCAGCGCGGAAAGCCGCCCUACUCGUACAUCGCGCUCAUAGCCAUGGCGCUGGCGCACGCCCCCGGCCGGCGCCUCACGCUGGCCGCCAUCUACCGCUUCAUCACCGAGCGCUUCGCCUUCUACCGCGACAGCCCGCGCAAGUGGCAGAACAGCAUCCGCCACAACCUCACGCUCAACGACUGCUUCGUCAAGGUGCCCCGCGAGCCGGGCAACCCGGGCAAGGGCAACUACUGGACGCUCGACCCCGCGGCCGCCGACAUGUUCGACCACGGCAGCUUCCUGCGGCGCCGCAAGCGCUUCAAGCGCGCCGAGCCGCCGGCGCACGCGGCCGCGCCGCCCGGGCCCCCGCCGCCCUUCCCCUACGCGCCCCCCGCGCCCGGCCCCGCGCCGCCCGCGCGCCUCUUCCGCGUCGACGGCCUGCUGAGCCUGCAGCCCGAGCUGGCGGCGCUGGGCGCGCCGGAGCCGGCCUGCUGCGCUGUGCCCGACGCCUUCCCGCCCUGCGCCGCUGCCGCCUCGCCGCCGCUCUACCCGCAGCCCCCCGACCGUCUGGGGCUGCCCGCCGCGCGCCCCAGCCCUGUCCCCGGCCCCGGCCCGGGCCCGGGCCCGCUGCCCGCGGAGCCUCUGCUGGCCUUAGCCGGGCCCGCCGGCGCGCUUGGACCGCUCGGCCCCGGGGAGGCCUACCUGAGGCAGCCGGGCUUCGCUCCGGGGCUGGAGCGCUACCUGUGAGGACCUCUUGCGGGCAGGAGCACUUGGGCUGCCCGCUCCCCCAGGACCGGAAGGAGGACGGCUUCACCAGCUGGGCACAGCUCUAGGGGGCCCUCAGCUUUGCCUCCUGAACUUUGCACACUUGCUGACGCCUUCAUACCCUCUCCCCGCUUUUCACCAUCGAACUGAAGCGUCCCUUCCAGUUUGCCAAUCUUUGGGGUCUUCUUCCUCUACCUGUGAGCUCUCUCUGUGCCCCACCUCCACAGUGCUGUCUAUGAGUCCCCAAUACCACCAGCAGCACAGCCCACCAAUCCAAUGUGCCCUGGAGAGUGGAGAGUUCCUUUGGAAGCUUCCUUCCAGUCUCAAACUGUCUGCCUAUUCACUGACUCUGGGCAACCUCCUCUCAUGUCUGCCAGCACAUGAGAUUGGACUCCUGGGUCCUCACCUAAUCUCUCCACAGCUUGUCCCCACCCCACCGCCACUUACCUGUCUGUCCUCAGCUUCUUAUUGAGAGGGUGCUGCCUUUCCUCAUAGCCGCACUGACUGCCCUUUGUAGGCACUGAGGACAGUUCUAGAUCUCAGAGACAAGCACACCAGGAGCUCCUGACUGAAGGGGGGUGUGGGGUGUGCCACUGGACCUCUUGUCUGUCCUGCCUCCUGGAAAGCAUGGGACUCACCAAGGUAUUAAUAUUUUUUAAUUAAAGCUGUUUUAGUUAACAGAAA